AUGACGGCGUCCCGUCCUGUAGCUGCUGCGCAGUGGCUGUUUGAGUGCACGGUGCAGAAGCUGGUGCUGGUCAUCACGUGUCUGGAGACCAACGAGGUGCUGGAGAGAUGGCAGUUCGACAUCGAGUGUGACAAGUCGGCCAAGGAGAGCAGCGCUCCCAGAGAGAAGUCCAUCAAGACCAUCCAGGACGAGAUCCGCUCCGUCAUCAGGCAGAUCACGGCCACGGUGACGUUCCUGCCGCUGCUGGACACGCCCUGUGCGUUCGACCUCCUGGUCUACACCGAUAAAGACCUGGAGGUCCCAGACAAGUGGGAGGAGUCGGGGCCUCAGAUCAUCAACCAAUCAGAGGAGGUGCGGCUGCGCUCCUUCACCACCUCCAUCCACAAGGUGAACAGCAUGGUGGCGUACAAGAGGAGCGACUCUCUCUGAGCCCGGGCUGAACCAGGACCGGCUCCUUCCUCACCUUUCCUCCUCUCUGGUCCGGCCGCUCGUGUAAAUAUUUCUCUCGCGUUCGUCUGUUUGAAUCAACUGUCUUUUCUCUGCUGUCCUCGUUUCUCCCAAGAUGCCGGCCUCUGUUUUAGAAGAUAGUGAUUUAUAUGUUCAAUCGUUUUAAAGACCAAUAAAGUUCCUUUUGCUUUCCCCCUA